UAGUCGUGGGAGACGGACAAGGCUUCUUAGCAACAGACAGAAUGAAAUACUGAAGAGUAAGGUUACAUGGUCAUACUUCCAUGCCGACAGGGGCAACUGUAUUGCCAGGGAUGAGCGACCGUACGACAUACAAAAGAGGUUAGAACGGGACGAACAGAAGAAAAAUUACAUUUCGGUGAGCUAUACUUUUACAAGAAGACUGGAAUUGACGGAUACGAGUGAACCUAGGGUAUACGCUAAGGCGGAGAACCCAUGUGCUUAUUGGAAAUGAAGCACAGCUUGAGGGAAACUCAUCGAUGUAAAGGAACAGCGCUUCUGAAGUAGAGUGCGGCUCGGGAUUCGGGUUGACCCCGCAUGAAGAAAAAUAAGAAAAUAUUACAUAAGGGAUUUCCAUUUGUAAUGACGUCUAUUUAAUUGGUUAACAGUAAGGCGGAAACAAACUGGAUAGGUACAUUUAUUUUCUAAAGGCUAUAUGUAGCCUGUAAUCUUUGGGGAAAAAAUAACAGGACAACGCAUUCAUCCAAAACAAAGGAUUUGGCAGUAUUUCGGAGUAUUUCGGGAAAAUGAAAAGAUUUUGUGCCAAAUAUCACGUUUUACGUAAGAAGUAAUCAACCUGUUCUAAAAACUGCGAUAAACUGGAUGUCUGUAUAUGUCCCAUGAGUGCACGUGAACACUCCUAAUCACCGGAUCAAGAAUCAACAUCUUUUGUUUUCGAAAUCUCAGUGGCGUUUCUGGGGCACUUAUACCCUUUUAAGUCUUAUUUUUUGCCACAUCAUUGAUAAAAUCCCUAGUACGCAAUGGGUUGUUUCUGUGCUGUACAAGAAGAAUUUUACUGUGAAGUUUUACUCUUGGAUGAGACUAAGCUGACGUUAACCACACAACAGCAAGGCAUAAAGAAGUCAACCAAGGGGUCCGUUGUCCUGGACUACGUAUUCAGCCACGUGAACCUGGCAGAGACGGAUUACUUCGGCCUCCGCUACUGUGACCGGAGCCACCAGACGUAUUGGCUGGACCCCUGGAAAACCCUUGCUGAACACAAAGAUUUGAUCACAACAGGACCACCGUACACUCUGUACUUUGGAGUAAAAUUUUAUGCAGAGGAUCCUUGCAAACUAAAAGAAGAAAUAACAAGAUACCAGUUCUUCCUUCAAGUGAAGCAGGAUGUUCUCCAGGGCCGGCUGCCAUGCCCCUUCAAUAUCAGUGCCCAGCUGGCGGCCUACGCCAUCCAGUCUGAGCUGGGAGAUUAUGACCCCUACAAACAUAUGGCAGGCUACGUGUCCGAAUACCGCUUUGUCCCGGAUCAGAAAGAGGAGCUGGAGGAAGCGAUCGAGCAGAUUCACAAAACCAUAACGGGUCAGGUUCCCUCUGAGGCUGAACUGAAUUAUUUAGGAAUUGCCAAAACACUGGAAAUGUAUGGAGUCGACCUUCACCCUGUGUUUGGAGAGAACCAUUCUGAAUACUUUCUAGGAUUAACACCUGUAGGAGUUGUUGUUUACAAGAACAAAACGCAAGUUGGGAAGUACUUCUGGCCAAGGAUCACGAAAGUGCAUUUUAAGGAAACUCAAUUUGAGCUUCGAGUCAUGGGGAAAGAUUGUAACGAGACAUCCUUCUUCUUUGAAGCACCCAAUAAAACAUCCUGUAAACACCUAUGGAAGUGCUGCGUGGAGCACCACACAUUCUUCAGAAUGCCGGAAAAUGAUUCCAACUCACUGACAAGAAAACUGACAAAAUUUGGUUCCCUUGGAUCAAAACAUCGCUACAGUGGAAAAACCGCCAUGCAGAUGGGGAGAGACCAGUCUGUUCAGCUCCCACGGCCUGAUCUUCAGGUUCUCAGGACCCGCAGCAAGACGUAUCCAAAGAGGGUCUCACAACCAUCAGGAACCAACAACGUGAAUCGAUCAAAUGCUAAGACUGACAAUGGAGAGAGUGAAGGAACAACUAAAAUUAUUGCACCCUCCCCUGUAAAAAGUCCCCUCAGUUCCAAAUCCACUAAACCAGACAGCAGUCCAGAAGCCCAGCGUGGCAGGCCCAAUGCACCAUGGGAUGAAAAUGCACCACAGAGCGGUCUGUACAAUUCAGCCAACGAGCGAAACAAGUCUCCCAAAUUCCCUGCUGCGAGGAGGCGGACCCCGUCAGGGGGCAGUGAGAAUGAGACGGCUCAGCCAGCCAGGCGCAGGAAAGGCCAGAGCAGCGAGGAUCCAGAGACCAAACAGCAGCGGAGAAGGUCACGUUCCCGUGGCAACACCAGCAGUGGCAGCGAAUCGGAGAAUUCCAGCAGGGAUCACCGGAAGAAAAGAAACAGGUCUCGGCAGGAGAACGAGAUGGUGGAUUCUGCCCCCCAGUGGGAGGCCGUGCUCCGCCGGCAGAAGGAGAGGUCGCAGAACGACCCCAACUACCGACGCUCCAGACACCGCUCCCGAUCGAGAAGUCCAGAUGUCCAGGCGAAAGAACAACUGUGGAAGCAUAUUCAGAAAGAGCUGGUGGAUCCUUCUGGCCUUACUGAGGAACAGCUGAAGGAGAUCCCCUAUAAGAAAGUGGAAACUCAAGGUGACCCGAUCCGAAUACGACACUCCCACUCGCCCAGGAGCUUCCGGCAGUACAGGAGGUCCCAGUGCUCCGACGGAGAGCGGUCCGUGCUCUCCGAGGUCAACUCUCGGACAGAUCUUGUGCCCCCUUUGCCUGUGACUCGUACAGGUGAUGCCCAUGGCUCUGGUGCCCCUCCCUCUCAGCAGAAAAAGAAUGAGUCCAAAGACAACCUCUCUGAAAGCACAGACUUGGAAGUGAAAUGCAACAGUAAGGUGGUAAAGACAGUUCAUGCGCCCAGAAUGAAGGCGGAAACAUGACCGGCCUCUUCACUCCGAUACGCGGAAAGGAAAGCUUAACGUUGCCUGAAAGAACCAUGAAAAAUCCAGCGGAAGGAAUGAAAGGAAAAUCGCACACUGGCAGAAACACCAUGUUCAGCGCUUCGCUUCUUCAUCAAAGUAUUCCUGUAUAUAUUUUAGGUAAUGCAUGGCCACUCAACAAAUCAUUCAACAGCACUCUAGUGCAGAAAUGUCAGUACAUUUGGCUGUUUCGUUUCCGCCCCAGUGAUCUUGUAUCGUCAGGGUUGCAAAGAGUCUGAACAAGCCUGAGUCUCUUUCUCACAGUGCAUCUAACGUGGUUUCAACGCGCAUGGCUGCCGUGUCCGACCGAAUCGAGCUCCUUCUCUGCGUAUUGCAUUUUGCGCUCAGAGUCUGUAACUGUCGUGCAACGUCGUUCUGUCAAUAAUUCGGGAGUUUGAGUCUAUCUGUAUCGAUGUUCUGGUGGUGGAUUUACACAACACGGCAGAUGCUGUGUGCAAAGGAUGUAAGUCAUGUUUGUGUCACAGAGACCCCCAAGUGGUUUGACCUCAGCUCUAUACAGUAUUAAAUGUCUCGUGUUUCAUGCAGAUAAAUGUUGGGCUUUAUAUCAAGACUGCCUGAGUAUUAAAUAUCGUCAAGUGUUUCAUUACUUUCUCCCGUAGGACCUCUGCUGCUGUAGCCUGACUUUUUUGCACAAUGAUGGCUCCAUUUCAGCUAUUCAAUAAAAAUUACCUAUC